UCCUUUAUAAUAAAUACAAAGUUAUAGUUCAAAUCACAUUUUAAACUUGGACAAAUAAAAUCGAAAAGUGGGUACUUAUAUAUAUUUCCUAAAAGAUGUCUGCCGAAAUUGAGGAGAUAUUGAAACGCUACCAGAGUUAUCCCAAUGUUGCUGGCAUUAUAAUUUUGGAUCCCUUUGCCAUUCCUAUUAAGACGACUAUGGACUAUACCUUGACGGUGCACUACGCCGCUGUGGUCCACACUUUGGCGGCUAAGGCGGCUAAGAUGGUGUCCAGUUUGGACGCAAACAACGAGCUGAUGACCAUACGCUUGCGCACCAAACAGCACGAGGUCGUCAUAGUGCCAUCGGAGAGCUACAUCAUUAUUGUGGUGCAGAAACCCGGCGAAUGAUUAGCCAAAAAAAAUGUAAUAUCCAAUAAAAAUAUAUUUGUGUUGGGGCCCCUA